AUGCAGCCAACCCUCGCAGCCAGCGUCUUCGCGCUCUUCGCCUCCAAAGCUCUAGCAGCACCAGGUCUCGUACAAGACCUCACCCAAGCCCUCCCUCUAUCCCACGUCCCAGAUUAUCAAGCCCCGCAAUGCAGAGACGGAGGACAACUGCACUGCUGCCAAGCCACAUUCUCCGGAAGCGCAGCUCCAGUCACUUUGCUCGCUGAUUUGGCAUGUUAUGACCUUACCCCCGCGGUCGUCAACUGCGUUAUCACCGAAGCCCCCAUCGAUCCCGAACACGGCUGUGUGGGCGAGUAUUCUUGCUGUCAGGUCAAUGAUCUUAACCCUUUGCUUGGGUUGUUCUGCUCGAAACCUCCGGGUGAUUGUGUGGGUGAUGAGGCGAAUGGACGUUGUACGGAUGUGAUUGGUGGGAGGUUUGGACAUUGUUCGGAUAAUGAUGUUCGGAACAAUCGGUUGUUGGAGGGACUUGGACUUUGA